CUGAACGCUGACCUCCCAGACCGGUCACCUCUCACAGUGUGGACCUUCCCUGCCUCUGUCCCCAGUGUCCCGGGCGUUGCCAUGUGCCUGCUUGUCCUCCUGGCCACUCUCAUCCCAGCAGUCCUCACCUCGUGGGGGGUCACCUACCCUGAGUCUCUGCGGGGUCUCAAGGGCUCCUGCGUGGUGAUUCCCUGCACCCUGAGUUACCCUGACGACGUGACAGCCGCCGACGGCAUCGUGGCCAUCUGGUACAAGGAUUACAACGCCCAGAGGACGGUGGUGUUCCACUCGGCAGCCCAGGAGGUGGGCGCGGUCUUCAGGGACCGUGCCAGGCUCCUGGGGGACCCGGCUGCUGGGAAUUGCACCCUGCUGCUGAGAGGGGUGACGCCGGAGGACAGUGGGCCCUACCGAUUCCGCUUCGAGAUCAUCAACGGCGACCGGUGGUCUGCGGCGCAGGAUGUGAUGUUGAGCAUUUCGGAAGACCUCGAGCAUCCGAGCGUUACCACCAGCGAGGAGCAAACCGAGGGGCAAACGUCCACCUUGGAGUGUUCCACACCCUACGUCUGCCCAGAGGGUGACAUCUCCCUGCGCUGGAAGGGCUACGACCCCCAGGUCUCGGUGGUCUCCAGUCAGGUCCAGCUGGACACGAGCGGGGUCAGCCACCGCCUGACCCUCACCACCUCCUUCUCCUGGAAGGACCACUCCAAAAAGCUGCUCUGUGAACUCUUUUAUGGCUCCAGGAAGGCGACGGAGGAGGUCGUCCUGCGGGUGAGACACGCCCCUAAGGACAUCCAGGUAUCGGUCAUCCCCUCCGCGCAGAACAUCCACCUGGGCGACACGGUUUCCCUCACCUGCGUGGUGGGCAGCAGUUACCCCCCCAUCUCAGCGUACCACUGGCUCAAGGACGGGGUGCUCAUGGGCAGUGAGCAGAUCCUGACCUUCCGGGAUGUUCGCCGCGAGGACUAUGGACAGUAUCGCUGCGAAGUCAGGAAUGUCAUCGGAGAUGGUGUGGCACCUCCCGUGAUGCUCUACAUCUUCUCUGCAGAGAUCUUGGUGAGCCCCGCGGCCGAGGUGCAGGAGGGGACGGUCACCACCUUGUCCUGCGACGUCCCCGGCAGGGAGAGCCAGGACCUCAACUACACGUGGUACAAGAACAGUGCCUGGCUCAUGGAAGGCGCCGCGCACACCCUGCUCUUCCACCACGUGGCCACCAGCGAUGCCGGCUAUUACUCCUGCAAGGUGACGAAUGACCGGGGCAGUGACACAUCCCAAGCCAUCAGCCUGAGCGUGACAUACCCACCACGGACGCCCACCAUCACGCUCUUCCAGGAGACGCAGGGCGGCAGGCUGGUCAUCAUCCGCUGCGCCGUGGACAGCCACCCACCGGCCACCAUGGCCAUCUACCAUGAUGGCACUUUGCUGGCGGCCAGUGGGUCGCAGGCUGCCCCGCGCCAGCGCCUCAGCGUCACCGCCUCCCGUAACACCCUGCGGCUGGAGAUCCGUGGUGUGGGACCUCAGGAUAGCGGGGAAUACCUCUGCGCAGCCACCAACCGCUACGGCAACGCCAGUGCCACCAAGCUCUUCAUCGCACGUGCUACAGAGGUCCUGAUCCACCCCUCAGCAGAGGUCCAGGAAGGAGCAGUCGUCACUCUGACCUGCCUGGGGGCUCUGGGAGCAGCGGAGGAGCUUCUCUACACCUGGUACAGGAACAGCAAGAGGCUGCAGGAGAGCUCGGACCCAACCCUGCGCUUCUCGUCCAUCCAUGGUGAAGACGCAGGCGUCUUCCAGUGCAGGGUCCGGAACAGCAACAGCAGCGACACAUCGGCAGCCGUCCCACUCCGUGUGCUCUUCCCACCCAGGCAACCGGUGAUGAGCUCCUUCCUGGAGACCCAAGGUGGGCGCCUGGGCAUCAUCCAAUGCGGUGUUGAGAGUGACCCAGAGGCCAACCUGACCCUCCGGAGGGGAGAAGAAGUCAUAGCCUGCACAUGGGGCUGCCCCACAUCCCCCAAGCCCAGGGUCCACACCACCUCAUCGUACAACAGCCUGAAGGUGGAGAUCCAGGAGGUGGUGGUGGAGGAUGAGGGGACCUACGUGUGCUGGGCUGGGAACGCGCUGGGCAACGCCAGCACGGCCAUGGACUUCAGGGCUGAGACUGCCAGCAUCUCCGUGGCUCCAUCCUCCCGCGUGCUGGAAGGCCACGCUGCCAACCUGACCUGCCGGCUGAGAAGCGACUCCACGGCUCUGCCCAACUUCACCUGGUACCGGAACGGGCAGUUCCUCACCGAGGGCUCGGCUGCAUCCCUGGUGUUCCAGCGAGUGGCCAGCACGGAUGCGGGUCUCUACCACUGCAGAGCCACCACCGACGGCCACAGCCGGAGCUCUCCCACUGCACCCCUGGAUGUGCUGUAUGCCCCACGGGACCCUCUCCUCACGGCAUUCCUGGAGACACAGAGAGGCCACUUGGCCAUCUUCCAGUGCUCGGUGGCCAGCAACCCUCCUGCCCAACUGGCCCUGCUCCGGGAUGGGAACCUGGUGGCUACCAGCGAUGCGGGAACCAGUCCCAGCCCACGGGUCAGCGCCUCGGCCGCUCCCAAUGCCCUCCGGGUGGAGAUGAGGGAGGUGACGGUGGCCGACGAAGGCAGCUACCGCUGCACGGCCACCAACGUGCACGGCACCGCCUCACACCGCCUCUAUUUCCGCGUGCAGACUGCCCGAGUCCUCGUCUCACCAUCCACGGAGGUGCGGGAAGGAGACGAUGUCUCCCUGACGUGCCAGGUGGUGGGAGAGCCUCAGGACGACACCGUCUACUUGUGGUACAAGAACAGCGAGUGGCUCCAGGAGAGCCCCGAGAACCUCCUCGCCCUGACCCGUAUCGCCAGCACCGCCGCCGGCUCCUACCACUGCCGAGCACGCAGCCCCUCGGGGAGCAGCGUCUCCCCUGCCGUCACCCUGCGUGUCUUCUAUGCCCCACGAGUGCCGGUGCUGACCUCCUUCCUGGAGAGCCCUGAGGGGCGAUGGGGUGUCCUGCAGUGCCAGGUGGCCAGCAGCCCGCCGGCAGAGCUGGCCCUCUUCAAGGACCACGUCCUGGUGGCCACCACGGCGCUGCCCCAGCCCAGCUCCCUGCCACGGCUCAGCGUCACCUCGGCCCUCAACGUGCUGCGGGUCAGUAUCCGCCCCGUGCUGCUGGAGGAUGAAGGGGAAUACGUGUGCUCCGCCAGCAACAUCUACGGCAACGCCAGCACCGCGGCGAACUUCACAGCAGGCACUGCCAGGGUCUGGAUCUCCCCAUCCCCGGACAUCCAGGAAGGUGAUGCUGUCAACUUGACCUGUGCGGUGCAGAGCGGCGACGAGGAGGUGCUGAGCUACACCUGGUACAAGAACAAGGUCUGGUUCAGCAGCGGCUCAGCCCCAGUCCUCGUCUUCUCCAGCAUCGCUGCCACCGAUGCCGCCUCCUACCACUGUGCCGUGCGGACCCCGGCACAGACCCGCAGUUCGGCUCCCACCACCCUCAACGUCCUCUAUCCCCCCAGGAACCUGCGGAUGAAGGUCUUCAUGGAGAGUGGCGAGGGGUCCACCGUCAUCCUCCUCUGCUCGGUGGAGAGCAACCCCCUCUCUGAGAUCACCCUGCUCAAGGGGGGGCAGAUGGUGGUCUCCAGCCCCACCAAGGGAAGGGACCACCCCGAGCAGAAAGGCUGGGUCUCCUCCCUUCCCAACAUGCUGAGGCUGGAGCUCCAGGAAGCUUCUGAGAAGGAUGAGGGCGAGUACGAGUGCCGGGCACGCAGCCCCCUGGGCAGCACCAGCGCAUCCCUGCCCCUCCGUGUGCACGCCAUCAGGGUGGUGGUGCGACCCUCCGCCGAGGUGCCCGAGGGGACCGAUGUGACGCUGACCUGCCGGGAUGCAGGUGCCCACCCAGGCAUCUCCUACACUUGGUACAAGAACGGGCGGUGGCUUUCGGAAGGGCUCGACGCCUCCCUCGUGCUCCGCGCCGCCCGGCGCUCGGACGCGGGUGCCUACGCCUGCCAAGUGGGGAGAGGGCUGAGAAGCCCCCGGGCUCCCCCCAUCGCCCUGAGGGUGCUCUAUGCACCCAAGGAGCCAUCCUUCAUCUCCCUGGUGGAACCCCAGGGUGGGCAUCAGGCUGUCCUGCUCUGCACUGUGGACAGCUUCCCACCCUCCGACAUCAUCCUGCGCCGCGAUCCCGGCCACGCGCCCCUGGCCUCCUCGCGGGGCUCGGCCAACCCACGCUGCACCAUCCAAGCAACCCCCAACUCGUUGCGGGUGGAGAUUGCAGGGCUGGAGCCGCAGGAUGCCGGGAUCUACAUCUGCUCCGCCAACAACAGCUACGGCAUCGCGUCCUCAUCCUUGCGCCUGGAUGUGGGAGGGGUCACCAUCACGGUUGAGCCCUCCUCAGAAGUCCUUGAAGGCACCACGGCCACCAUGACCUGCUCAGGUGUCCCUUGGGUGGGUGAAGACGCCAACUACACCUGGUACAAGAACAACCGGUGGCUGCAGGAGGGACGGGACGGCUCCCUCAUCCUCACCCGCAUCUCCAGUGCCGACACCGGCUCCUACCGCUGCCGGGCGAGUGGGAUGAAGGGCACCAUCACCUCUGCCCCUCUCAGCCUCAGUGUCCUCUACCCACCACGGCAUGUGUCCAUCAGCACCUUCCUGGAGAACCGCAGCGGGCGGGUGGGCAUCGUGCUGUGCACGGUCGAUAGCCACCCACCUUCCACCAUCACCCUGCUCCACCACGGCCAGCUUCUGGCCUCCAGCCUGGCCCCGGCCACCGCCCCAAGGGGCCGCGUCGCUCCCUCCCACAACUCCCUCCGAGUGGAUCUGGGCGUCGUGGGGCCGGAGGAUGCCGGGGACUACGUCUGUGUGGCCGGCAACUCCCUGGGCAAUGCCACAGCCACCGCCUACUUCGACGUGGACACUCUCACCCAGCUCCUGGCCUUCACCAUCCUGGCUGGACUGCUGAUGGCCACGAUCUGCGUGGCCACCUUGGCCCUCCUGGCUGUGAAGCUGUGGCCCAGGAUAAGGAAGCGUUGGUGCUGGUCUGGAGCUGAGGACACCUUUGAGCUGAGGAGCAAGCAGGAGCAGGGACAGGUGGAUGGAGCUUCCUAAACCGGUGGCACUUUGGCCCAGGAGCAACUGUAGCAGCGGAUGCCGGAAGGGCACAGCCCCAGCCUGGCUGGAUCCAGGCAAUCCCCACCCUGGGGAUAACCCAGCCCUGUCUCCAUCCCCUCCCAGUCUCCUCACCCCUCGUCUCUCCCCACCGUGGAUGUUCUCAUGCCGGGCACGGUCUGUGCUCGUGCACCGUGUGUGCCAAGCACCAGCAAGCUGUGAUGGAUCAGAGCUGCUCUCCAGCACCAAAACCCUGGAAAAAUCCCCCUCCAACAACCUCCGGUGGCAGCGCCAGCCUGGGGACAGCGUCUCCAUCUCCAUCCCAUCCUGUCCCCCCCGCCAAUGCCACCAUCUCAAGGUGGGCUACGCAGCCCCUUCACGCUGGGGUGUCCCUGUGUGUUCUUCCUCUGUCUGGAAAUAAAAGCUGGAGCAACGCUGUUGGGAUGAGCUGGGAGAGGUUUAGUGCCCUGCGUGGGGAAAGGGAGAGAGCCAGAGGGAUGCAGACAGACAGAAGGAUGCAGACAGACACGAGGUUGGCCUGUGUGGCUUCCCCUGGGGAUUCUCCCAUGCUGGAGUGGGAUUCCUUCUCCGUGUUAUUCUUCAAAGCCACUUUUCGGCCACCGUUGAGCGUUGGAUUGGUCUGCAGAUGGAGCUGAGGAUCGGGAAUGAGUGUGAGCAGCAGGGCCAGGGAGGGGAUCGCUCUGGUGAGACCCCACCUGGAGCCCUGGGUCCAGCUCUGGAGUCCUCAGCACAGGGAGGACACGGAGCUGGUGGAGCGAGUCCAGAGGAGGCCAUGGAGAUGAUCCCAGGGCUGGAGAACCUCCUGUGUGAGGCCAGGCUGGGAGAGCUGGAGUUAUUCAGUCUGGAGAAGAGAAGGCUCCAAGGAAACCUUAGAGCAGCUUCCAGUAGGGAAAGGGGCUCCAGGAGAGCUGGGGAGCGGCUCUGCAUCAGGGAGUGCAGGGACAGGAUGAGGGGAAUGGUUUUGAGCUGCAAGAGGGGAGAUUGAGAUGAGAUCUUGGGGAGAAACUUUCUCCCGUGAGGGUGGGGAGACCCUGGCCCAGGUUGCCCAGAGCAGUGGUGGCUGCUCCAUCCCUGGAGGGGUUCCAGGCCAGGUUGGAUGGGGCUUUGGAGCCCCUCAUCCAGUAGGAGGUGUCCCUGCCCAUGGCACAGGGUGGGACUGGAUGGGCUUUGAGGUCCCUUCCAACUCAAACCGUUCCAUGAUUCUGUGCUUCUAUGCUUAGAGAUGUCCAACGGUCAGAGCACUCCAUUUUCCUGACAUCUCUCUUGUCACCCCGUUGGUCCCCAGGCCAAAUGCGUCCCCUCGGUGCCUGAGGCAGGGGGAAGAGAUAGGGGAUGAUGAUGGUCCCUCUCCAGCUGAAGGGCAGCAGGGGCUGCAGGAAGGUUCUGCUUGGAGAAAUCACAGCCCACAGUGAUGAAGGGCUGUGUCCCCUCUGGCUCCGCUGCCGUUAGACAUCACCCUGCGGCCACCUUGCUGCCGGACACCACCGGCCAGUGGCUUGGUUAGCACUGUGCAGCCAGACGGUGCUUUAGAGCAUGGAGCUGGAGCUUCCCAAGUGUGACGUGGGGGCAAUGCUCCCCUUAUCCACCUGAUAAGGGGCAUCUUCUCCAUCCCUGUGCCUCUUCGCACCCCCUUCUCCACCCUUAUCCUUGUCCCCGUCCCUGUCCCCACGCC